UAUUUUUCCCGAGUCCCCCGCCCGGCGUCUUGCCCGCGCCCAACAAGUGGUGCGGCCGGCUCGCGGCUCACACGGCGUCUCGCGCCCAUACUUCGCACAACUUUCCGAAGUGUGCGCACGACACCGAGCUCGCGUCGCGUGUUCGAAACUUUCGUCGGAGUGUUCGGAGAGCGGUGGCGUGACGGAGAACUUUAGUGGCGUGUCGAGGGUCGUCCGAGGGUGAACUGGAGUCGAUGCACCUUCCGCACGCGAGUCCCCCGGCCCCCACGAUGGCGGACGUCUACUCCCACAUCCACGAGUACUACCGGCAGAGCCACGGCGACCUGGUGCCGACCGGCUCUCCGGCCGUGCUGUGCUCGGCGCUGCCCGGCCACUGGCGGUCGAACAAGUCUCUGCCGGUGGCGUUCAAGGUCGUCGCUUUGGAUGACGUUCAAGAUGGGACCUUGGUGACGAUCAAAGCUGGGAACGAUGAGAAUGUGAUGGCUGAAAUGAGGAACUAUACGGCGGUGAUGAAGAACCAGGUCGCGAAGUUUAACGACCUAAGGUUCGUAGGUCGCAGCGGCCGCGGCAAGUCGUUCAGUCUGACCAUCACCAUCAGCACGUUCCCCAGCCAAGUCGCCACUUACACCAAAGCCAUCAAAGUAACCGUCGACGGACCGAGAGAACCUAGAACGAAGCAAAAUUACGGCUAUGGGCACCCAGGAGCUUUUAACCCGUUCCUCCUUAACCCAGGUUGGUUAGACGCGGCGUACUUGAAUUACGCCUGGGUGGACUACUUCAGGCCUCCACAAUUAAGGGACCAAGGUGGUCUUGUUAAAGGUGGAGCUGCGCCCAUGACGACGCCCCCGGUAGCGUUGCCCGGAGCAGAGCUUUUCCCGUUCCCACCAGCGAUGGCGAGUUUACCAACGGGAGGAUUGAUUCCUCCCCCUGGAGCGUUUCUACCACCAAACGGACUUCUGGCAUUCCCACCUCAUCCUGCAGAGCUAGCGUUAAAAUCAUUACCUCCAGAGUUGACUUUGAAAAAUGGUGUCAGUCCGUAUGAUGCUUUGAGACAUUUCCAAAGUAAUGUUUCGUCAAUGGAUACUUCGAGUGCUCGGUUAUCUCCAACGAGCAGCAGACAGAGUGGAAGCCCGAGAAGUAUUGUAAACGCAAGUCCAAGAUCAAAAGCGGAUUCGAAGUCGGAAGUCAAUUCGACACACGAAGCGACAAUAUCCGAUGAAUCCGACGAAGAACCAAUCGAGGUGGUCAAAUCGGCUUUCCAUCCGACGCGACCUGCGAACGUUGAACUACAGGAGAUGAAGCAGGUUCAAGCAGCGGACUCCACCGUGUCGGACAGGCCACGGAUGCGCAGUGAGCUCAAAGCGCACUCACAACGAACCACUCGUGUUCUUUCCACUAGUCCCACAUCGACCAAAAUUACAAAUGGAAGCAUAUCGACGCAUAAAUCCGUGUGGCGACCAUAUUGACGUUUUUAGUGUUAGUGACUUUAUAUCCGUGCGAAUCGGAGUUAUUGAAAUGUGAUAAAACGAGCUUGUACAUAUUGUAGGUAUUAGUAAAUUAAAUAUUGAGAUAUUUAUUUAAUAGAGAUAGUAUUUAAUAGAUUAUGACUUCAUUAUUCGAAGUUGUAGUAAUGUAAAUUGUAAUUAUAGACUUAGUAAUUGUUAUGGGCGUUGUUAAAGCUUUUUUGAGUAUGAAUACUGAAUAGAUGCAUUGAAAUUAUUUAAACGUUAAGAUCGUAUCAAACUGAUAAACUGUAAAAUAAGACGAUUUUAUGUAGAUACUUAAUAUUAUGUAAUUCGAAAAUUUCGCAUUGACUGACUAUCUAAUAUAGCACAACAGAUGAAAAUCUGUGUUUAUUGUAUAAAUUGUAAAUGUAUAUUUAUAUUGUACAUUUGAAUUGAAACGUUAAUCGAAUUGUAAAUAUGUAGAGUACCUAC